AUGUCGGAAUACUGGAAGUCGACGCCGAAAUACUGGUGCAAGCAUUGCAGCAUCUUCGUCCGCGACACAAAACUCGAACGUCAGAAUCACGAGGCGACAGGCAAACAUCAGGGCGCGCUCAAGCGGUUCCUGCGGGACCUCCACCGCGGCCAUGAGCAGGAAGAACGCGACAAGGAUCGCGCGCGGCGCGAGAUAGAGCGGUUAAAGGGCGUCGCAUCCGGUUCCUCUUCGAGCUCGUCGUUCACGAGACCUGCGCCUGGCGCGCCUUCUUCGUCAUCUUCGUCCGCCGGCGGGACAGAAGCGUCAAGGAAGAAGCAGAUGGAGCAGCUCGCCGAGAUGGGCGUGUCCAUACCCACGGCGUUCAGAGGCGACAUGGCAAUGCCGGGAGAAUGGACGGUCACGGCUACAAAGGUCGUCGACGAGGAUGCGCAAAGGGAGAAGCCGGCGGAAGCCAAGGCUGUGGGGGUCAGGAAGCGCGAGCAAACCGAGGAGCAGAAGGAAGAAGAGGAAGCCGUUCGCGGGCUUUUCAAGAAACCUAGGAAAUGGGGGGGCAUGAAGUCGAUGCCGGAGGACGACAAGGAGCUCGAUGCGCUGCUCAGUGGUAACCCGCUUCUUCGGCCCGUCAAGAAGGAGGAACCCGCGGAGCCGGAGGUCAAGACGGAGAACCCAGAGGAUGCGGCCGUCGUCAAGAGUGAGGACCUGGAUGAAGCUACGACUACGACUACGGAGGCAAAGGGCGAUGUGCCGGCUGUAAAGAGGGAGCCUAGCGACGGCGAGGCUGGCGUCAAGAUUGAGGCGCCGGAACUAGGCGACGAGGCUGUGAAGAAGGAGGAGGAUAGCGCGGAUGCCGGAGAAGCCGCGGCACCGGCCGUCGUUUUUAAGAAGCGCAAACCGAAGAACAUUCGUCAAAAAUGA